AUGGACGCUCAAAAGUCGAUCGAAGCCCUCCGCAACGGCGAGCAAGUCUCAUGGCCGGAGAACAUCAACACCCUCGAAUUCGCCCAGUCUCUCGAUAGUAACAAAGAUUUGCCAAGCGAUCUGACAGUCUCCAGCUUCCGCAACGAAUUCAUAAUCCCAACCAAGGCACAACUAAAACGCAAGACUCUCAGAGACGAUGCCCAAACAGCUGCCGCAGCAUCGGGACCAGAGGACGAGGCGAUCUACUUCUGCGGCAACUCACUAGGACUCCAACCGAAAGCCGUCUCGGAGUACAUGGCCGCGUACCUGAAGACAUGGGGUUCUAUCGGUGUCGGCGGUCAUUUCACAGACUUGGAAGACUCACCACUCACGCCGUAUCAAGAUAUGGCUGCCGAUUGUGCGCGGAAGAGUGCUGAUAUUGUGGGAGCUUCGCCUGAGGAGAUUGUGAUUAUGAACACGUUGACGGUCAACUUGCAUUUGAUGAUGGCGGCAUUCUACAAGCCGAGCGGGAAGAAGACGAAGAUUAUGUGCGAGUGGAGGCCGUUUCCGAGUGAUUGGUACGCCAUCGAAUCCCAAAUCGAGCACCAUGGUCUCAACCCAAAGGACAACAUGGUUCUCGUCAAGCCAGACGACGGCUACACAAUGACGACAUCCAACAUCAUUUCUCUCAUCGACCAGCACGCCUCCGAACUCGCCCUCAUCCUCCUCCCCGGAAUCCAAUACUACUCCGGCCAACUCCUCGACAUCCCCACCAUCACCGCGCACGCCCACUCCCUCAACCUCACCAUCGGCUGGGACCUCGCCCACGCCGCCGGCAACGUCGAACUCCGCCUCCACGACUGGGACGUCGACUUCGCCUGCUGGUGCAAUUACAAGUACAUCAAUUGCGGCGCGGGCGGCAUGGCGGGCGCAUUCGUACACUCCAAGCACGGCAACAACGGCGCCAACACGGGGUUGAAAGGGUGGUAUGGCGGCGACAAAUCCGUGCGGUUCCUCAUGGACAAUAAGUUUGUGCCGACGCCUGGCGCUCAAGGGUUUCAGCUCUCGAAUCCUUCGGUCGUGGAUUUGACGGUUCUUUCGGCGAGUUUGUCGGUUUUUGAAAAGACUUCUAUGCGCGCGCUGCGAUCGAAGUCGCUGCUGCUGACGGGGUAUGCAGAGCGACUUCUUGCUGGUAUUGCGGAACGGACGCAGGCGGAUGGGGAGUAUGCGUUUCAAAUCAUUACGCCUACGGAUCCGCUGCAAAGGGGUACGCAGUUGAGCGUGUUGUUGAAGGAGGGACUCUUGGAGCCGGUGAGCGAGGCGUUGGAGGGGAAUGGGAUUAUUUGCGAUAAGCGCAAGCCGGGGUGUAUUCGUGUGGCGCCUGUGCCGUUGUAUAACACUUUUAGUGAUGUGUGGCGGUUUAUGCAGGUGUUGGAGAAGGCUGUGAAGCCGCAGGUUGGGCAGAGUGAGGAGACCGGGUCGGUUGAGGCGAGGUUGUGA